GUAAUUAUUUUUGAAGUUUUUUCUCCUUCUCCUCUGCCUGAGCUGAGAGUUUAUUUAUGCACUUUACCACUGCCUGUGCCAUCUGGCUGAACCUGAGCCAUUUUGAGGACUAAACUUCUACUACCAAAAUCCUUGAAGCUACUUAGAAAUGUUCCAAAUGUUCACCUAUGUUUUUGGAGCUGCCAGCAAUGUAUCAAGCCAAGAGCCUGAAUUUAGUGAAAAAAAUGAUGAUGAAUGGAUCCUUGUGGAUAUUAUUGUGGAUUCCUGUACUACGCAGUCUGAUGCCACAACUGUUGAAGAACCUGCGUUUUUUGAUGAAACUUCUUCACUGUUUACAGUAGGUGCCUUUGAACCAUUUGAAAACACCAGUGACUCUGUCUUCGUGCAUUUCAAUCCAUCCUCCAUGGAGGAGAGCUGGUUUGUGACGCCACCCCCAUGUUUUACUGCUAGAGAAUUGACCACUACUGAGGUGGAGACCAGCCCCAUGGAAAAUCUUUUAAUAGAGCAUCCAAGCAUGUCGGUGUAUGCUGUGCGGAACCUGUGCCAUAAAGAGGUUGCAGCCUGUGAGUCAAAGUCUCUCAGCUCCUCUAAUGUUGAGUUGGCUAAAGAAAACGAAAAAAAAGGUCGUCAACACGCACACUGCUAUGUUGCAGCUCUGGCUGCACGUAUGAACUAUCUGGAAAAGACCAAAAAGUUUAACUGUUCAAAAUUAUCUAGACAACAAUCUGAGAAGUAUUUUCUCAACCGAAAAAGCCUUCGACGUCAAAACCUCAUUCAAGGAUCCCACUGCCGUCAAAUCAAGCACAGUGGACUUGUUCACCAGCCUUGCAAGCGUCGGUACAAUUAUUGA